GGAGAAUGCGGUAGUUCUCCAGAAAGCCCACAAGGGACACUGUGAGUCAUUGCGCAACAGACUCCUCAUUGCUACGCCGUAUGCGGCGAAGAAGAGUGGACUCCUGUCAUCGUCCAAAAGAAACAUCAGCCUCGCUUUGGACUCUUUCUAAAGGCUUAUCUCGCGGUCCAUUCGAUUGCCAUGACAUCUCCCGGGGGACAAGGUGGGGGACAUUUGUCUACGAGAGGAGGUGCCGGCUCCAGGAGGAUGAAGUGGGCUCUGGAGCUGAGUUUAGGCAACACGAGGUGUCGUAGCGACCGCCAAGGUGGCCAGGGAGAUGUUGUUUAUCCCAUCGGCUAUUCGGAGAAGCCCGUUCCCGACACCAGCAUCCAGGAGACGGACAAGAACCUGGUGGAGAAGCGAUGCUGGGAUGUGGCACUGGGCCCUCUCAAACAGAUCCCCAUGAACCUGUUCAUCAUGUACAUGUCGGGGAACACCAUCUCCAUCUUUCCCAUCAUGAUGGUGUGCAUGAUGGCCUGGAGGCCCAUACAGGCUCUGAUGUCUAUGUCAGCCACUUUCAAGCUGUUGGAGAGCUCCAGUCAGCAGUGGCUUCAGGGACUGGUCUACCUAGUGGGUAACCUGUUGGGCUCGGCGUUGGCCGUCUACAAGUGUCAAUCGAUGGGGCUGCUGCCUACGCACUCCUCCGAUUGGCUGGCUUUCAUUGAGCCUGCUCAGAGGAUGGAGAUGAUGGGCGGAGGGAUGGUGUUGUGAAGCAGUCACUGGUCAUCCAGAUAGUUCCGGUUUUUGCCGUGGCAGUCGAGACGCCCCUGGAGCGGGACGGAGGGAGACCUUCGACGUGGUAUCGGCGGCCAACAUUUUUGGCAAAGUGUUACUUUGUUUCGCCUUGUUUUUGUUUCAUUUUGGGGUAGUCAUGAUGCUUUGUGUCCUUUGCAUGUUUCACAGAAUGACUACCAGCACCUGACAUUUGAGAGUUUUUUUGUUUUAAAGUAUGCUCGUGUUCUGAAAACAAUUCUUUGUUCAUCUGCUUCCUUUUAGCACACUAGCCAGCAAUGUAUAACUAACUUCUUUAAUCCACACUGAUUUGCCCUUGUGAAAUAAAUCCUUGAUUUCAAAUGAAA